AUAAUGACCACCCCCCACCAGUGGAGUAUAAGAUAUCAAGCAAUCAUUCCAGUGGCUCGACGGACUCACAUUCUACCUUUGAAGAAGUUGAAAGCCUUGAUCUAGGAUCCUCAAGCUCUGGUAGUUUUGGAGGUUCAUUAAGGUACAGUCAAGAUGCCGUAUUUGAGGGAUUAAAUGAUAACAGAGUGCCGACAACAGCAUUUGUGAAAUAUAAAGAACGUUCAGGUGUUCUCCCAACAGUGGAAAAGCUGCAAAGACUGAGCUAUACAAAUACUGUUGAGAAUGUUAGACCAUCACGACAGCUAUCAAAUGACAGUAGUGUUAAUACAUCAUUGAAUGACUCAAGCUCCAUUCCAGAAAGUUCCUCUAAGUCAUUUUUAUCUCGCUCAGAUAGUCGCAUAUCUACACUAAGCUCAGAUUGGUCACCAUUUUCAUCAAGGCCACCCUCAAGAACACAAAUCAACCAAUUAAUUCCCAAAGUGAGUAAAGCAACAUUCGAAGAAGUUGAAAGUCUUGAUUUUGGCAAUGACAUAGCUAAUUUUUUCUCUAUGGAUCCUGCACAUAAUAUUGAGGAUGUAACUAAAUGGCUUCAGAAUAGUGAGAAACCAAACUUUGAGGAAGAUCAAGGGACCAAGAGUCCAAGUGGUAUAAUAGACAAAGAACGCAGACAGCUUAUCCAACCAGAUACAGCACCUGAUGAUGAAAUACCAUUUGCCAAGCACACUUUUAAUAAAUUGAGACAUAAAAGUAUCAAGUCCCAUUCAAGGAGGUCAAUUGAUACAAGCUAUUCAUCAGAAAGUUCUGAGCAGAGUUUUUUGACAGUUUCAAAUGGGAAAAUGGGGUCCAAGGAUAUUGUUUCCCCUGAUUCAAAGCAUUGUUCAUCCACCUCUAUUUCAAGUUUAAGUACUGAAAGUGAGCUUUGUAAGCUACCCUUUGAAACUGAAUACGAGUAUCAUGUUCGGUUGAGAAAAUUGAACUCUUCUGCCAAGCAGAAGAAGGGGACAACCAGUUCUUGCAACUCUAUUGCUCAAUCAGUUGAGAGUAGCAAUAGCUCAUUUUCUAGUGGCAAUUCCCCAUUAGGUCAAUCUAAUAUGAAUUUUGAUUAUCAUAAAUCCAGUAACCAUAUGCAUCAUUCGGCUACAGCAGCCAACUAUACUGCAGAAGAUGUUCUUGCAAAUCUAGGUUUUUGUAAUAUGCAGAAUUUUCUUCCAGAAAGAUUUUUAAGGGAUUGGUUUGAUAAAAUCAAUGUUGAAAGAAAUCAAAAAAUAGCACAACUUCAACAAAAUGAGAUAGCAUCAAUGCUGGAGGGGAUUGAAUCAGAAUCAAGCCUGAGAGUGCCAUUACCUAAAAAAACUUCACUGCUACAGAGGAAGCACUCAUCAGAUGUUCAGUAUAAAAUGGAUAUUAGAAGUCGUAGAUUGCUAUCAACAAAACGCUCACAAUUUCAUCGAUCUGCUACUUUGGCGUCAUUGCAAUCCAGAGGUCAAUUAUCAACCAAACAGCUCAGUCCAAAACAAUGGGACUUCAAACGUCGUGAUAGUAUAGAUGAAUUAAAAGAUGUUUUAUCAGCUCAUCAAAUAAAUCUUACCCAGGUGUCAACAGGAGAGAAAAAACGGAGACACUAUGCUGGUCACAGACAGAAGUCUCUUCCUCUUUACUUAGAAUCUGUCUCUGAGGAAGAAGAGUCAAAUAAUGGCAGGAAAAAACUGAGUUUCAUGGCAGAGGAGUUAUCUGUGUCAUCAGCAGAUAGUGAUGCUGCACACAGUCACAAGAAAUCAAUUACAAACAGCUCAACAUCAGACUCUGACAUUGAUUGGGACGGGACUGAUGGGAAAGCAUCAGAUAGUGUAUUUCAGACUCCCUAUCCUUUAUUAGGAACAUUAAAGAAUAGUUCAUUACUGCAAAGCUCAUACCAGCCUACACCCACUGAAGAACUGGAUAAACAAGAUGAUACACUCAAAAAUGACACCAAACAUAAUUCCUCAUUGUCAGGAGAGAGUAUGGAAGUUGCAGAUAUUUUUAAUUCUAAAAAGGUCAUCAAUGAUUUGAAAGAACCUCAACAUAGUCCUAUAGUCCCAGCAAUGGUGAGUAUAGUGCUCAAUGACACAGAAUGCUGUCCACAUGACUCUCUAGACAAAAAUAAACACCACUUGCUCCAUGUUGAUACAAAUCUCUCUAUAUCCCCUACCCUGUCUCCACAGCCUCAGUCUCCAAUCACUGUGAUUGAGCUGGAGGAACUUGACAACACCAUAGAUAGAAUUGAUCAAUCACCAUCUCCCCAACAGCUGUCUACUGAUGAUACUCUCAUAUUGCCAUUGCUUACAAGGAGAAAACUAAAAUCAGAUAGCUCAAAGAAAAUACAUGAGAAAAAUUCAAAAAUAUCCAAAAGUAUUCAGGAGGAUGAUGGGCUACUAUCUCCAAUUUUAACAUGGAGUGCAUUAGAAGUGCAAUCAAAUAUGCUACAGCUUGCCUCCGUAUUCAAAAAUGAUUUAUGCAUUGUCUCAGAUAAGGGAACACAAUGUGAUCCGAUGGUGCUGAAUUCAGGAGGGUCUGUUGAGAACACAGGAAAUGGUAACAAAACUUCAACAGGAAUUAACAUUGGAAUUCAGACACAAGCAUGUGGUUUUAGUGCUCAGAUUAUAUUUGAGACAAACAAAGAGCAUGAAGAAUAUCAGAGAAGAGGUAACAAAAAGAUCAACACUGAUGAAAAAAGCUCAAAAAUAUCGCUCAAGAGAACUAAAUCAGAUUCAAUGAAAGAAAUGGGGAUAGGUGAUGGUACAAAUAGAUUAUUGAGAGCAAAAAGUUUACCACAUUCUGGACAAACUGAAAUAGUAUGUGAUAUUGCAAAGCUACAAUAUCCAUCAGAUCAAAAUAACACACGCCAGUCUUUUUCUUUGAAUAAUCUCAAAGAAGCAAGUUUUGAUUCUAUGGCACAUUCAGUUGGAUCCUCUAAGAUGAAUGCAUUUAGAUGGAAACAAAUGAGUUCAGAAACAGAUGACAUGUCAGAAAUUACUCAAAGUCAUUUUUCUGACAGUUCCCUUAAACCAGUUAGCAAGUCCAGAAGAGGUAGCCUCCAAAGACAACCAAUAGUUUCCAUAACUGAUGAAGGGGAUGCUUUUGAGAUGGUACAGGAGUCUCUCGCUGAAAAAAUGAAUAGGAUUUGGACAUCAAACUGUUCUGAGGUUAAAACAAAUGAAUAUGAUGGUAAUUCUCUGAAAGGCAAUGAAAUCCUUGUGGAUCAUGUCCAUCCUUUUUUCACAUCCGUUGACCUGAGUAAGAUAUCUCAAGAUGAAGAAGAUGGUCCCAUUAGAGUAUCUUGUUGUGAAGUUCCUAUUAGUAUAAAGGACACUGACAAGUCUUUAAAGUGUCAUCAUAGUGAACCUGAUUCAGAGAUAGAAUCACUGAAAAAUAAACCCGGCUCUACGGAAAAUAUAUCCUGUUUCAAUACAUUGGUUAUAACUGAAGACUUACAGGACAGCAAGACAGUUUCAGAACAAGAAAAGGUUCUCUCAAAUGCACCAAAGAAUGGUGAAGUUGUAGUGGCAAAUAACCUGGAUAAAUUUGAAAUAGACACAUUCUGUCAGACAAUCUCAGUCUCAUCAGACAAUGAUCCAAAUAAAUGCCCCACUACUCCCAUUGCAAGGAUACCUCAAGAUGAUAGAGAAAUGUUUAAUGACACAUUAGAUUGUAACAUUGAUGACAUAGUUUUUCAAAAUCAAAUCAAGUUAAAAGGAGAUCAGUCUGAUACAUUGGAUGCUAGUAUUUUAUCUUCAAAUGAGGAAACAGAAAUAAUUGAAGAUGGUGCUAAUUUAGCUUGUAUACCUGACUUCUCAACCAAAAAUAAGAAAGAAAGUUUUAGUCACACCAUCAAUCCAAGUGAUGACAUUUUUAUUGAACUGGUGAGAACAUACAUUGAAGGUAUUAUCAGUAGUGCACAGAACAUAGAAAGUGAUGAUAGAAGGUGUUUGGCUUCAAACAGGAAAUUAGGUAGACAAGAGCAUCCUGUUGAAAGAGAAAAAACUUUGAAUACUGUCAAAAAUUCAAUCUUUUCAUCAGAACAGUCUAUUUCCAUUGAGGGGUCAAUUGAUGAAGACCCUUAUCCAGUUCAUGAUGUCCCAACAUUUUCAGUUGAAAACAACAGUCAGUGUGACAAACCCUCUUUAAAUGAGCUGUCGAAUGAAGAACAAAAGCAGCAAAAGGCAGAUAGAUCUAAAGAACAAAGCGAGGAUAUGUGUACUAAAAUGAGUCAAACAAAAAGAGAUGUGGAUGUAGAAACAUUAAUUGGUGAAUUGUGUAAGAAAGAUAAAAAACUGAAGUUCAAUAAUAAAGCAAAUGAGCUUGCAAAAAGUCUAAGCAUUAGUGCACUGGACAAUGCACUGGACAAUGGUGAUAAAGUUUUGGAAUCAGUCCAUGGUCACAACAAAAGGAAACUCAUACUGAUAAAUAAGGGGGGCAACACAUAUGAGUCCUUGAACCAGAAUUCAGAACUAAAUGAGUAUACUGAGAACAGUUCUCGUAUUAACGAUAUUAAUACUCUGUGCAAGGUAGAUCAGACUGAAACUGAAUAUGAUAGAACAUCUUUCAGAGAGGACAAACCAUUAAAGUGUGAUAAUGUUGUAAAUGACAUUGCCAAAGAUUUGCUCACUGACAAUGUUGAAAAACUGGGCAAUGCUAUGAAACGAAUAGAAUCAAUUCAAGAAAAGAAAAGAAAGUUUAAUUGUGUUGCUAAUGACCUUGCCAAAGGUCUGCUCAAUUGUGAUACUGCUAUUAAAAUCACGAAUGACGAAACUGAAACAAAAGAACUGAAUGAAAUGAACACAAGUAUGAAGAAUGCUGAUGUUAGUGCAUAUAAAAUUAGUCAGAAGGUGUCAUUAAUGAAUAAAGUCAAGUUGAAAGACAUUAAAGCUGAGCACAGUUAUGUGAAUGAUGAGUUAGAUAUCAUAAGAAAUGGAGUAUAUGAAAAGAAAAUAGAGCUGACAGAUCCGGAUAUUAAUGUAUAUGAUAUAGGUCGGAAGGGUUUCAUAGAUAAGGUUAAAUAUACUAAAGCUGAGUAUAGUAAUGUGAAGGAUGAUAUGAUGUUAUCAGAGCCUAGUUUAAAUUUUGAAGACCAGACAGGACCCAGAAACGCAGGUAGACAGCCGAGAUUAUCAUCACAUCAAGAUAUUCAUCCUGAGACAGCAGAUGACAAAGAGAAAAUUGAUGAAGAAUUAAAUAAAAAAGUCACACCUGAAGUAUUUGCAGACUGCAUUAAGGAAUUGAAGACAUCACCUAAAUUGAAAAGAAGGCUCAGAUUGUCCAAGGCUGAUGAUUUUAAAACGAGGAAACUACCUGAGAGGUCAAAUUCUUUAUCACACUCUUUAUCUUCGAGUUCAACAGAUGAUUCUGAUUCACAAAUACUUUCAUGUGCAAGAGCCUUAAUGUAUCCUAAGAGACGAAUAAAAACCUUGCCACAUCAAUACCAAUCUCUUGAAGUAAAUUCUGGGGAUAGUUAUAGCUUUGAAAGGAGUCUACAAGAUACUCAGAGAAUGAAAAGGUCUCAGACAGAACAUUAUACACCCAAUGAGUGUGAACAUAUAAUAAUCACAGCCCCAGAAGAUGAUGGAGAAAAUGAGAAAUAUCCUCUGUUUACAAAGCCUGUUGACACUCUUCAUCUUACUAUGCCUGAUAGUUGGUGCUUGGAUCAUGACACUUCAGAUUCAGCCCUAUCAUCUCUCUCUCCAAUGAGUAACUGGACCCCUACUGUUUUCCUAUCCCCAAUGAAAGACCCACAUAUUUCAUCACCAUUUGUGUCUGAUAAUAGUAAAUCAGUGUUUGUACACAGUGAAGAUCUGUCCCCCUUUGUCCCAUUGAAACAACAUCAGGCAACAGUUCCCGAGUCAUUGGAAUCAAAAGACUGGUGUCUUGGUGAUAGAGCUGAUAUUUCAAAUAUCUCAGUAAAAAUGAACCAAUCAAAUAAAUACAAGUCAAACACAAAUGAUUAUGAAACAAACACAAGUUGUAAUAGGACAAAUACAAAUGCUUCUAAGAGAAACAAAUAUGAUGAUGAGACAAACAAAAGUGAUGAUAAGGCAAACUCUUGUAGUCAGACAGUCACAAGUCAUUACAGGACAAACAUAAAUUAUUUUGAGACACAAAAAAAUGAUUACAGAACAAACACAAAUGAUUCUGAGAAUUACACAAAUUAUCAUGAGACAAACACAUAUGAUUACAAGACAAGCCUAAAUGGGAACAAGCCAAACACAGAUAUAAAAUCAUUUGAUAUUUCUGUUGAGAAAAGUUUUAUGUGUAAUAAACAAAGCACCAAUAUAGAGUUACUUAUUAGCCCUGAUUUGUUUGAGGAAAAUUCAAGAUUAAGAUCUCAAUCUCCAUUGUUAGAUCUCUCUAAAAGGUACAUUAACACUGUGAAGUCACACAUGGCAAGACUUGAAAAUAACCAUUUCAAUAGUCAAGGCUAUUUCAAUAAUUCAAACAAAACACAAAUUCAUUGUGGUGAGUAUUUCAAAAUUCUACAUAAAAAGCCAGAAGCAAAUAGGUUUAUAAGUGUGGCUUAUGUAUGCCCUCGCCCCAUCACAUGUGGCAUUCAUUUAGAAAAUUGAAAGAGAAUAUAUCAUAUAUAUAUCAAGAACCAUCAUGCCAAAUGGUAUAUAUCAAGAAAACUGAGAUUUAAAUCAAGAGCCAUCCUCAUAUUUUGCAUGUAUGUAAAAGACUUAAAUAUUGUCUUUUGAGAGCCAUCAUCACAAGUGGCAUGUACAGGGUGUCCCGAAAGUAAGGGACUCCCCUUAGGCAUUAAAUAAUAUAAACAAAUAAACCAGGGUGUUUGGAGUCGUAGAAAUGUAUUGCAUCAUAAAAAAAAAUACCAUUACAUAAUAUUACAUUACAUUACAUUAUACAACAUAACAUAACAUUAUAUAACCCUACAUAAUUAAAACCUGAAAACAACACCUUCCACUAUGCACCAAAAGUACAUAACACAAACUAAACUAAAACCUAAGUUAACUAUCAAAUUAAAACAAGAAAAACGGUAAAUAAAAAUAACCCUCAAAUGCAACUAAGACCCAAGUGGAGGGAGGGUGGGAGAAAAAGCUAGCGCAUAUUACUGCCUAAUGCUACAUGUAAGCUGCUAAGAGACUGACUGACUGCUAGACUGGAGUGACCAUGUGACCUGAUGAAUAACUCACAUAGCCAUCAGUACAUUAGCAUAAGUAAAUAAACAAGCCCAGAUGUCCACAUUAUUUAAAUGAAGAUACUGACAUAUCUCAGAAUUAAAUAAUAAUAACUGUAAACGACAAUGGGAAAAAUGCAGACAAUCGCGACCUGUUUGAUGGUUUAUAGAAGGGAAGGAGCAUCCUGUUAAUAAUCAAAGAUUCGAGGAAAUAAAUGUAGAUGAAUAUCUGAAAGAACUGGAAAAUCCGGCCACGACAUGAAUAUUCUAAAAUAUUUCCACGGUUGAAUGGAAAUUUUCUGAGCUGUGGCCAAUUGAACAAUGUGAACCAGAUGACCAAGAUUGGUAUGGGAUUAAAACAGAUCAUCCUAUAGUCUGUUCAGGAUAUUGGUAUAAUCCCAAUAUCCUGAACCUCAUCUCUAUGUAUCUAUAAUAUGUGUCAUAUAUAAUUUUAAAGCCUAUCCAAAGUUACAUAUGUUUGCUAAUGAUCAUGGUUCAUGUAUAUAGAAGACAGAAUCAAGACUCAUAAUGAUUUGAGGCAUAUAUGUGGAAGACUGAACAAUCAAUAAAGGUCCAUCAUCAUAUACAGUAUGUAAGAUUAUAUAUCAGUUGUCAUAGACCUAUUAUAUUGAGAAAUAUUGAUGACUUGCACCAUGGUUGCCUUUUUAUGCUGGAUCUAUAGAUUAUAUUAUUAGUCUCUACAUAUUACUAAUUUAAUAUAUCUAAUGAUAGAGACAAUUAAGUGCUUGUAGAAAUAUGCUUAAUGGUGAGGAAUGGUGCCUUAUAUUGAUAUAUAUUUUUGAAAUAUCCUUUUGAACAUAUAUAAAGGAAAAUAGUAAUUGUGUUUAUUGCUAUUUGCAACAUGGAUAUAUUUAGAGAUAUACAGUACACUGUGAAUUAUUAUUUUAGAUUAUCACACCGGCUGUGAUGUUAAUCAAACAUCUAAUCAAUAUACUGUUGCCCUUUUCAUCAUAUUUAUAGAUGAUUUUGUUUUGUUCUGUAUAUUAGUACAUGUAUUAUCUCACUUGUGAAUCAAGUCAACAUGCAAAUGAUCAGUGAAUAUGACAUAUGUGUUCAAUUAUUGUGUUUUAAUUUUAACAAUAACAUAUUACGCUUAAUAUUGUAAUUCACCUGGAUGGUAUUGUGUGACACAAGCAAAUUGAUAGUUGAUUAAUGUCUGAUUAAUGUUUAGUAAAUUAUAUGAUAUGUAACAGCCAUUGAUGCAUAUAUAAAAUUCACUGUACUGUCUACAGUAGUAUAUUAUAUAUAGUGGCAUUAAUAUCUAAUAAGUAAACACUAACAAGCCUAUAUAUAAGAUGUGGUACAAUUAGUUGAGGGAAAUGGAAAAAAACAAUAGAGGCUGCAUUUCCCCUUAUUCUGAUUAUGUGCCUUGUAUUAGAACCAGUAGUGUAAAUGUAUGACUUGUAAUUGUUUGAAGAGAAAUAGGUUACUUAAGGUACAUCCACAUGAUUGGAAAUGUUAUUAUGAAAUUCUUAUAAUUACAAACAUACUACCAUACAUGGUUCAAAAUCAUAAUAUUUCUUUGUUGAAAUCACAUUUUUCUAAAUUAAUGGAACAUGUCGAAUAACCUCAAUCGGGUUAUGAUUUAAGAUUUCAAAAUGGCAUUAUUGACCAGUUGCAAUGCUAUUUUCGUGGAUUGACCAAAAAUAUUAGAUGGUUCUUAAUCCUACAAUAACCAGGAGACUAGUCUUGGUCCAAACCUGCAAAAUUAACACUAAUACAUUAAUGUUUAAUACUGAGGCCCGGGAAUGCAGAAAUAAAAUGUACUGAAAGUUUCUGGCGUUACAUCCAUCAUUUGGACCUCUUUAUCAGCCUUAUACAUGUGUUAGUACAUGAAUGUGCUAAUCUAGUUCAAUACAAGGCACUACAUAUUGCGAACUGAGUCCACAAGGGGAUUUUUAAACAUUUUAUUAGAAUGUAUCCGUGGGCCUCAAUAACUCAAAUACCAUUUUGUCAGAUUUGGUUCAGAAUUUAUAUUCUAGUGCCUUAUGGACAUUUGAAGAAUGAACAUAUUUUCAAGAAGGGCUUUACAAUGUGGCAUCAUAUCAUGCUAUGUUCAAAAUCAUGAGUUACUUGAUAAAACUUUUUGUUCGAUAGGAGCUGGCAUGCUGGGGAGUUGCUGUUUUUAUAGUUUUAUUUCAAAAUAUUGUAUGUUCAAUAUCUAGCAUAAAACUCUAUGGUUAUACAGUGAGGUUUUACAUUUGAAGUAUCAGUAAAUGAGCACUAAUUAAUUAUAUUUUGUGAAAUAAAUUAUUUUGUGGCUAGAAAUCUCGCAAUGAAAUGUUGUUUUUAUGUAAUGGAUUGCACCAUUCCACGUUCAAUACGUAUCGCUAAUUUUGCUAUAAUUUGGGUUUUCUUGCUUUUUUCUUCAUGAAACUUCCACAACAUGGAACAUAUAUCUGACCUUAUUCUAUAAAAAAAAUUCUG